UGUUUGAUGGUUUUGUACCUAUUUAUAAGAAGAAGACUAUUCGCAUUACUUGUGUUAUCUUCAUCUUCAUCUUCUUCUGCUCAUUCCAAACAUCCAAUAACAUAGGUUAUUUCAGAGGAUAUCAGAAAGACAGGAAGUUGAGGGACGCUGGGAACAAUGUUCUCUAAUAAUGAAAUUUUCCACGAGACAGGACCAAAACAUCUCACAGCUAUGGACUGGAAAAAUACAGAUUACCAGAGAUCCGUCGUUGCCAGCUUAGUUCAAGGAGUAUACUCCUUAGAAAGGGACCGCCAGACGAACAACCCUGGCAGGUAUCGAGAAGAUAAUGCUGAACCUUGGUGGACUUCCUUCAAUUUCCACCUAGAUGAACCUCUCAUAGAUGACAAGCGCAUAUUCGGUGCUAUUUAUAAAUACAAUGGCAAAUACGCAUCAGCUGAUUCAGACGUCCCAGAAUAUGUUAUUGCCUUCCGGGGCACACUCUGCAUGCGAAAGACAGUGAUGAACGACCUCACGUUAUACGUCAAAUGCUUCCUUAACAAACUUGAAGAGAGCAGUCGCUUUAAACUUGCCCUGAAUUAUGUUGAGCGUUUUGUUGAGGCGAAUGGAGCUCGAAAUGUAUGGUUGGCUGGACAUUCUUCGGGGUCAGCUAUAGCAUUGCUUGUUGGAAAGAAGAUGAUUCUCAAGAUGGAAUGGUUUCCUAAAGCUUAUCUUUUUAAUCCUCCAUUCCUAUCUUUCCCCAUAGGGCUGCUAGAGGACGAGAAAGUGAAGAAACGAAUCCACUCUGUACACCGUAUGGUCAAGGCAGGCCUCACUUACUUUGCUGCAGAACCUAGUAAGCUUCGAAUGGAGGACCAUUUUGCUAUGUUAUCCAGCUGGACUCCUCACCUGUUUGUGAACCGAGCUGAUAUUGUUUGUGCAGAAUAUAUUGCCUACUUCGAACGCAAAGUUGGAGCCGGAGAAACCAUGACACUAGCAGAAAAUAACAGUACGAGGAAUCUAGUCAGUCAUGUUGUAUUUCGGAAAGAUUUAAAAGAUGCAACGCAUCUCCUUCCUUCGGCACAUCUGAUUGUUAGUAAGAGUCACCCAAACAAAAAAGCUGCUGAUAAUUCUUCUUGUUCAGAUUUUCUUGAGGCUCAUAAAAUUUCCCAGUGGUGGCGUCCUGAUGUUAGUUGCCAAUCAACUCUGUAUGAUCAAUAUCGUUAGAGAGUGUUAUCAAUUGUUGACUGAUUUUGUUACUGUUAGUUUGUCAGUUUGUUAGCGAAGAGCUGCUACAGCUCUACCACCUGUCUAAAUAGAUGUACUAGUCGAGUGAAUGAUAUCAUCUGAUAUUCCUUUCUUCCA